GCUGGGUUGGGAUAUUGAUCGGCGCGCUGGCCUCUGCUGCUGAUGAUGAAUCGACUGCUGCUGCGGUAGGUGCUGUCGCUAGCUCUGCUUAAAUAAAGGGUUGACCGGGCACAAUACAUGAAUACGAAUACAAGCAACAAAAAUUCGAAUCCGAUCUGGUCUGCGUCUUGCCCUUGCCCGAGUUGGGCUGGGAUACCGAUCUGCGCCUUGCCCUUGUCCGAUCCAGGGGAAAAAUUUGCAUGCAAAACUGGGUGCAGCGCGCGGCCCUGCAUAAACAUACAUGACUCGGAUUCUUCCUUUCCGCGUGUCGCGUCUGCCGGUGAGGUCGUCGGUGGCUGUGGGUGCCCGAGGCGAUGGCACUCUGCGUGCGGUGUGUGUGUGUGUGUGUGUGUGUGUGUGUGUGUGUGGUGUUGUGGUGAGGUGUGCACGAGACGGGUGUGAAGGGAGCGUGGCUACGCUCGGCCGUGCCAUGCCGACGGCGGGCGGCGGCAAUGGUAAGGAGCUGCCGCUCGGCGGCGGGUGUCUCACGGCGACAGGAGCGAGAGAGACGGCUGGAACUGGUGAAGGAGCUAGAGGAGGGGUCCAGGGGCUCACCCUACUUCAGACCUAGGCGGAGCGGAUGCGACGGGGAUAUGGCACGUUCAGACCUAGGCGGAGCUUCGAGGGAUGGUGGCGAGGCUGGAGGCACACCGCCAUCGUCGCGCGUGGCGCCGCCGCUCCCCUCGAUGGCCUCCGACCGUCGUCCCUACGCCCGGCCACGUGCUGCUCCUCCCCAGUUCUCUGCGCCCCGCUCCCCUCCCCGAAGAGCAACACAGCAGCGGGAGCUCGGCCAGACCACGCGCCGCCGGCUGCCGGCUCCAAUUUCCGGCCUCCUUGCUGCUCCCGGACGUCGGAUUUGGUCCCAAUUUUGCCGGAGUUAGAAGUGAAGCUUGGCGCCCGCCACGUGUUCGACAAAAUUCCAGCAAGAUGGAUUGGCUACGUGGGAAUUUCGUCGAUGAUUUGUCCUUCGAUGAAGAUGAUGAGUGGGAUGAAGAGGAAGAUUUUGCCAUUCUCAUGUUGUUGGAAAUGGAGACGAACAAGCGACUGAAACAUGGUGGUUCUGUUGUUGGCCAUGCGGUGAUCCGUAGGAAAAGGCAAGAAGUCCACCAAAGUCUCAUGAGGGAUUAUUUUGCUCCGAACCCGGUGUAUCCAGAGAGAUACUUUAGACGCCGGUAUAGAAUGUCCAUCGAUUUGUGGAUGCUCAUUGCUGCAGCUCUCCAGGAGCAUGAUACAUUCUUUGUGCAGAAGAGGAACUGUGUAGGGACACUUGGGCAUAGUAAUUUUUAGAAGAUGGCCGCGGUUUUGCGCAUGAUGAGCUAUGGUAUGAUUGAUGGCCACUUGGCAAUGGCAGAGAGCACAGCUCUCAAGUGUUUGAGGCGCUUUUGCGAAGGCAGUGAUUGAGAUCUUUGGGCCGGAGUAUUUGAGAUCUCCCAAUGCUCAAGAUACCGAGAAGCUUUUGGAGGAGAACAAAGGUGAGGGUUUCCAGGGAUGCUUGGCUCAAUUGAUUGUAUGCAUUGGAGGUGGAAGAAUUGUCCCGCGGCAUGGCAUGGACAGUUCACCGAUCAUGUACAUGAUCCAACCAUUAUACUUGAGGCCGUCGCCGAUCAUGAGACAUGGUUUUGACAUGCAUACUUUGGGGUGACUGGGGCUUGCAAUGAUAUCAAUGUGCUUCAUCGAUCACCACAGUUUGCAAAUUUGGCCAACGGAGAAACACCAUCCGUGGAGUUUGAGGCUAAUGCGCAUACAUACAACAUGGGCUACUACCUAGCGGAUGGGAUCUACCCGCAAUGGGCAACAUUUGUGAUGCCAAUUGCAAACCCUCAAGGUAACAAAGAGCUUCAUUUUCAUAAUGCUCAAGCCGCGGCUAGAAAGGAUGUGGAGCAUGCAUUUGGGAUUUUGCAAGCUCAAUUUGCAAUUGUGAGGGGGCUGGCUAGGUGUUGGGACCAAAAGACGCUUUGGAGGAUCAUGACGUCUUGUGUAAUCUUGCACGACAUGAUCAUUGAGAAUGAGCAUGGUCAAGACGUGGACUACAACUACGACUUCAUUGGAAGGAUGGUGAAACCACGGAAGAAAGCGUUAGAAGAUUUUUACAAGCUCACCGUGCAAUCCAAGAUGGGAACGAUUUUUACAGACUCACCAUGCGACUCACCAUGCAAUCCAAGAUGGGGACACUCAUAUUCGGCUUAGGGAUGAUCUCAUUGAAGAGCGGUGAAAGUGGAAUGGAAAACAAGGCAGCUAGUUUAUCUAUGUUGCAUCAUAUUUAUCUAUGUUUGAACUUGUGUUGUGAGAGACAUUCAUGAAUGUUUGUGUUCAGUUUGGUCUUUAAAAUUUGUAAUAUUUAUGAUGUUCAGAUUUCAUAUGCACUAGUUUAAUUUUGAUUGGAUAUGCCCAAGUAUCAUAUCCAAGUAUACGAGAAGGGGUGAAGAAACAAA